CAGUUCGAGUAGUGGCAUACACUAGUGAGGACCUGAGUGACCAUACUGCCUUAGACUCUACAUUUACCCCUCCUUCUGAUAUUAACCUGCCGGGGUGAUCACUGUCAAGGCGAACACAAGAACCUUCACGUAACCGACUCGUUGUGGCAAAUAGUGAUAAUUUGCGUUGUAAAGUGACGGAGUUAAGUAAUAAGUAACUGCAGUGAGGCGAGAAGUGUUGUUUUAUUAGCUAUUUGACGUGUUUGAGGCAUAAAGUGUCACCCUAAGAUCAUAUUAUCGUUGAAACCAAAGAAAUGUUGAGACUGUAAUGUUGUCAGGACCGUCUGGCAGUGUGGUGUUGCACUGCGAUGGAAAAAGUGUUUCACUGUGAUUGGAAAGAUCUUAGGGUGAGUGGAACAUUUCACUGCCGGAGUUGGUGGUGAAUGUGGUGGGCUGCGGCAUGAUGUGGUGGUCAGGGUCGUGGUGGUAGUGAUGGUGGUUGGAGGUGUGUGGGGGGAGAGUGUAGCUCACCUCUUGUUGUUAUUAUUGCUGGGGGGGACGCUAGGGGGUCCCCAGGAUGGCGGGGGAGACAAGAGCCCCCUGGAGGAUGAGUACCCCGGCCUGGCGGAGAACUACCCCCUAGAGCACAUGGAUUAUCCGAACGUCUAUGAUGAGGUCGUGGACUUUAACGACCCACGGAACUACUACAGCUCUAACUUCACUCCUCACUUAGCCAAUUCGACUGUGUACAAGUGUCACUGUGAGGGAGACGCGGUGUGGGACGGCUCCACCUGUCACCCCUUCCAGACCAUCGUGGCCGUCAUUAACCCCUCGACAGGUGAGCGUGUUGUAGCCAACACCAGUGAGUUCGGCAGCGUGCAAGUCGGGUCCGUGACCUGUCCUCCUGGUCUGCAGGUCGUACUGUUGGACUCCAACUCUGUUGAACACCAGGCCAACCCGUUCUCCUUGCUGGAGUCUGGUGACCUGUACUGGCACUGGGAGGUCUUCUCUCACUAUUGCUUCGACCACACUUUUGAACCCAAUGGUGAACCUCGGUCAUGGCAGGCGUUGGUGUGCCUGGCGCCGCCCUCAGUGCCCCGCUGCUGCCCGCCAGCCCAUGCCCUCCGCGAAAACAAGUGUGUGCCUCAACACCACUCUACCUUUGCCCCGCCUGUGCUAUUGGAGGGGCAGGCGGUGGAGUGGGAGGUGGUGAAGGGGGAGGUGGUCAACGUGACGUGUGACAGCAACUCUCACACCUCACACCGCCUCGUAGACAGUCAGAAGGUGAGUCUCGUGUACACCCCCAAGGGCGCACUGCUGCACUGGACGCCACCAUUCACCUUGCCUGAGGAGCGAAACGACUACUGUAUAGGCGUGGAGGCUGAUGAGGAGGGCGUGGCGCCGCGCUAUACGGCCAAACUGUGUUAUGAGGACCGCCUGGCCACCCACCAUGAGACAUGCAUCAACCGCACUUGUGUGCGUAAGUGUUGCCAAGAACAUUUCUUCGUAGGGACCCUUUGUGAGCCCGUGAAACACCCCAGCGAGGUGUGGUCCCCGGUGUUCCACGACCCCAACACCCUGGAACCGGAUGCUCCAGCUCCUGCGGACCUCACCAUCGUGCACGGCUACCCCAUCUGUACCGCCUUCUUCAGGCUGGAUAGUCACCUCAUCGAGGAAGACAAGUUCUACCUGCUGGAAAACGGCGCCCUAUACGUGCCCAUCUUUUCCAGGAAAUUCCCCGCCCACGAGUACUGCCUCGAGAAGUUCUUGUUUGAAACGGGCGAGAUACACACGCUGCCUCUCGUCUGUUUCCAGGACGACCCGGCCAAGCUGAGCACCGCGUGUAGGGUCAUACAGAACUACGUAUACCCGGUCCUGCUGCUGUUCUCCUGUGUGUUCCUGGCCAUCACCUUGCUGAUAUACGUGAGCGUGCCGGAGCUACACGCCAAGGUCCAUGGCAAAUGUCUGGUGGCGCACGUGUCCGCCCUCCUCAUGGCCUACGUCAGUCUGGUUACCAUCCAGUGGAGCACCGGCGUGAUGCCCAUAGUUGCCUGCAAGAUCAUGGCCUCGGUGACACACUUCAGUUUUCUGGCAGCUUUUUUCUGGCUGAACGUCAUGUGUUUCGACAUCUGGUGGACCCUUAAAUCAAUGCGGCCUGUAGCUGAGACUGGGGAGCUGUCAAGGUUCAGGUUCAAGAUGUACUCUGUGUACUCGUGGGGGUGUCCCAUCAUCAUCUCCUUGGUGGCCAUCAUCGUCCAGGCCCUACCAGAAGACUUCAACGUCAUACGACCUGACUUUGGCUCCAAGAAAUGUUGGUUUGAUAAUGACAAGUCACUGUGGGCGUAUUUCUUCGGGUUUGUGUUGGUGCUGGUGGUGGCCAACAUCAUCUUCUUCGCACAGGUGGCAUACAUCCUCAUCAUGGCUCAGAAUGACCCCAUCCUCCAGCGUACACGUCAGCAGAACAGGGAAAGGAUGUGGCUGUACGUCAAGUUGUUCCUCGUGAUGGGACUGACCUGGAUCACUGAAGUCGUGUCAUGGCAGGAGGGGACGUGUGAGGCCUGGGUGAUCACUGAUAUCGUCAAUACUCUUCAGGGAUUCUCGAUCUUCCUGAUUUUCAUAUGCAAGAGGAACAUGUUAAGAAGGGUACGCAACAACUGGGAGCCAUACCUGCGUCGCAUGAAAGAAUUCUUUGGUUCGUCCCGCCAGUCAAAGUCUAUAGUUGGGAAAAGCCAUCCGGAGAGUUCAUCGUUCAGCUCGUCAGUUAACCGACCGAGCCAGUCCGCAGCGUCACAGAGGACCGUCCAGAGUCAGAUUUCACUCGAUCCAUCAUCUGCCUCAAGAAAGCUGUCAUCAUCGUCCCUAGUGUCCACCACAGGAGUCCAAGUUCACUCUCCCAACUCUAUCUCAAUGGAUACCAUAAAUGAAGGGAACCACCACGAGGAUGACCAGAAUAUAGAGCUAGGAGGACCCACUGGAAAAGAUAUUGGUUCAGCCAUCAAUGGAAAUAUGGGAAGUGAGAGAGAGACCUCAUUAACUAACAGCAAUAAUGUUGUUAACCAAGACACCUCCAUGAAAACAUUGAAUUCCAUUAGUGGACAGACAGACAGUGUUCAGUCCCUCGACUCCCACAUGAAUGCAUUGAAUUCUAACAAUGGACAGAUAGGCAACAUUCAACCCUUAGAUAACAAUAAUGAAGCAUCACCAACACCUACCAAGAAGUUUGCUCCCCUGAGAACCUCUGAUGAGUCGUCCCCUACAAGACAGGGAGACCACACAGAGUCCACACCCUUGAGAAAUGUUCAGAGUGAAGUGUCACUUGAAGAUGUUGAGGAUGACACUCCACAAAUAGACAGUGACAUCACUCUACCACAGAGAGAGUUUGUGAAUAACUUAGUGAAAACUACUGAAAGUGAUCAUGUGAGAAGUCAAGAAGAAAAUGAGCCAGUUACUGUAGAUAAUGAAGGUGUGUUGGUGCUGCAUAACCGAGCCUUCACCACAGAGGACGAGGACGAUCAGCCCGUGGACGUGUGAUGAACAGCGUUGUUCAGACAUUACAAAAUGUGUUUCUGCAAAAAAACUGUUUCAGUAUUACACUUUCUGAGAAACAUGGCUUUAAAUAAUACAUUAUUUCAAGUACUGUAUUUAUUCAGCAUAUUCUCAGAUGUUAUCAAUAUAAGAAACACACCUAGUGGAAGGUUUAACUUUUGAACCAGGCAAUUGGUGAAUUACUAUUACCUAUGAUACUCACAGUUGACAUCUGUGUUCAGGUAUGUUGCCUUCAGUGGACUGGAGUUUUGAGAGGACUUGUGUAGAUCAUUGUACAUUACAGUACUGUAUAAUAUAGUACUUGUACAGUAUACUGUACAGCAGUGAUCCAGUGCAGUGAGUGGUGUGCCUGGUGUCUCCACAUAACUGGCUGUAUGUUUUACUGUGAAUCUCAUGGAUUCAUACAAACUUUUAAGAGAAUGUUUUAUUGAAAAAAAAAAGUUCCUUUAGCAAAUUGAAAAUUAAAAAAUAAUGCACAGGUUGGGCUGAAAAAACUUGUUAUUUUCGAAGUGGUCUUCUAGCAGACAACAGUAAUGCUCCUGCAGUGUGUAAGAACUUGUGUAUCACAUUUUUAGUGAAAUAUUAUAAAAUGAAAAAAAUUUAAUUUGAUUCAGUUACAUAUGAGACACAGGGAACAAACUGUCAGAAAGAUUGAAGGUUUUGAAUGAUUUUUUCAGUGAUUACAAUAUUUAUACAAUACAGUACAGUACUGUAAUGCAUAUUAUGAAAAGUAUGAAAUAAUGUUGUACUUGUACAUCAAGUGCAGUGUACUAGAUUCAGUUGUUCCUACAAUUUAGUAAUUAGUGUUCAUGUCAAAUAUAAUACUUUGUGCUAUCCAAAUGAUUAUUCUUAAAUGAAGAUAAUAUUUAAUGAUUUUGAUUACAGUACAGAAUAGAUAUUUCAGACAGUUGUAUUUCCCUUUUACCCCCAUAUGGGUUAUUUAACCAUCUUCCCUUAUAAAAAAUGAAUUGUUUAUUAUGACAAUGAUGUAUCAGGCACCACUGAUUUAAUGUGAUAAUAGAAAUAGUCUAUUAAACACAUAUUCUAAAGGGUACCUAAGAAUAUAGUACACUUACUUGCUGCAAAGACCAAGGGUGUGAGGGCCAAAUAGUACUGCAUGUAACAUAUAAUUAUUCUCAUGUACAUAUUUCACUCUUGCAUGACAUUUGUUUCAAGAACGACAUUGAUGAAUUUAGCUCUUUGAUCCUAUAGCUUUAUCUGUUCAUGAUAUAAUAGAGAAGACGAGAAAAAUAUAUAUAAUUCAGUUUCAUAGGUAGAGAGGAAUGCAUGAACUGUUUAGGGGAGAUGUUUAUGCCAGCAGCCACCAGUACAGUACCCAGUUGGUGUAUGAUGUGUGUGGCUAUGGUGUGUGACUAUGGUGUGAAGGAUGUCUAUAGCUAUGGUGUAUAUUCAGUGACGGAGAAGUGUAUGCUGUGGAUUCUGGUGACCAUUGCUGGUUGUAAAGGUGUUGUUGAUGUGAUGUUCAGUUUGUUUUUAAUAUUCAGUGUAUAAAGUUUUGUGUUGGGGGUUUUACUGCUUCUGCAACUCAUUCCUUCUUUGUAAUUCAUUCCUGCUGUCGAACUCUCUACUACUGCCUCUGGCCCUCACUCCUACUAACACUGUAACUCACCUCCCUCUUCAUACACUUAUAUACUUUAUUCUGAAAUAUAAGUACAAGUACAGAUUUAAGUACAAUAUACACUACAGCUUCAGUAAUUCCCUUCCCAAGUCAAGGAGUAGACCUCUCUUCCAUCAAGUGAUGUGUCCUUACCACAGACACAGCUUUGCUUCCCUCUAUUUAUAAAUACUGUACAGGGUGUCUCAAGAAAAUGAAUACAAACUGCCUUACAGAUUUCCGUGGAGAUCGCAUGGAUGCUUGUAUUAACAGCAACAUUGUCCUUUUACCUGUGGGAGACUUCACACAUCAACACGUGAGGACUAUGUUGCUAUUGUAAUGAAAAUCAGUAAGGCAGUGUGUAAAUUUUUUUAUGACACCUUGUUUAUAUAUAUAUCGAACAAAAAGGGUUCGAGUCACAUCUGUAAAUAUUAAGAAUGUUUUUCAUAGAUGUUAAACUCAGAUAAUUCUUCUUUUGAUGCGAUUUCAGAAAUAUAUUUGAAAGCGCAGAGAACUAGACAUAUUGUAUUGAUGACACGAAUCAUCUUUUUUUAAAUUUUCACACAGUCAACUGGGCCUUUGUUGGCAGUGAUGGUUGUUGAGAUGGAGGAGGACUGUAAGAAUGUUAGUCUAGCAGAGGUCCACAUUUUGAUUCACCAGGAGUCACCUACAGUACGAUGUGAAGUGAAUUGUAAUGUUUAAAUUAUAGUUCUAAAUUGAUUGAUGUAAAAGAAAAUGAAUCUUUUUAAUAUACAUGUCUGACAGUUUAUUAUAUACUUCUGAAUUAUGUACCGAAAUUAACUUUCCUUUAUUCCAGAAGUAAAACUGUAAUGCACACUUAUUUUAGCUUAGUGAUUCUGGGUGUAAAUAUCACCAGUUUUCCUUCUUCCCUUAAGCACAUUAAGACAAUGCAGCCAGCAUAUGGAAAGACAUUGAAAUUUUUAUAUUAGGAAAGUGACUGAAUCUUCAAUAACAAUGUCCCUAUAUAGAAAGAAGUACAGUAGUAAAAUUAUUAGAUUUUUGUAGGUAGAUUAUCUAAAGAGUAGUUAAUAGUUACCUCACUCUUGGUAAUAUAUGAAUCAUGUUUAGAAUGUUCACUUAAAUCAUAUACAGUACUAAUUUUAUAUUGGGUUUAAUGACAGUGGGAAGGGGAUCAGUUUUUAAAGGAAGAAGUUUAUGAAUGCCAAAAGCUAGUUUAUAGAUAGAGUGAUAUACUACCUAGAUAAAUGUAAAUAAUAAAUAUAUUCUUUGUAGUUUUGUAAAAAGCUCUGAGGGAAUAUUGAGCAAUUCCUGAGGUUACAUAGUUGUCUACAAGCACAGUGUAUGAAUGGGUGAUCAUAUACAAGUACAGCACCAACCAAUCAUCUUGUCAACACAGGAGCUCUACACCUGAGGAAGCAUCUUGUUGAGUUCAGAUAUGUAGAAUAUUUGGAUUAAGUAUAGUAUAAUAUAGUGAACUCCAGUCAUAAUCUAUCAUCCAAACAUAAUGAAAACAUCAAUUGUAAACUGUUUUAAGCCUGAGGUAAACCAGCAUUGGAAUACAUUCAGGUACUUUUCAUAGCCUGUAUAUGUCCUGUACCUGCUACUGCUAUUUGAAGCUAGGAAGUAAGUGACUAUCUGACUGGCUAGUAAACUGACAAUUAACAAAGCAAGUCUAACAUAGGGAACCAGUUUGACAAGUUGUGUGAUUGGGAUUUGAGAAAAUUCUGAUGUGAACUGACUUAGUGAAAGAAUAUUGUACAGGAGAGCUUACAUUAUGUCUCACUAUCUGGUUUUUAUUUCAAUUAAAACAGAAGUCACUUACAUUUAGGACUUAUGAAUGUUUCUCAUAUUGGAACUUGCUAAAUUAUUCUUAUUUAGAUUAUGAAAGUUAUACCAUACUGUACUGUGGAAUUUUUUUUAUUAAUGCUCAUCCAGUACAGUGAAAUUCUCUAUGUUAAGUGGUGUGAAAUGUUCUGUCAUAUAUUGUGUGUUAUUGCAGAACUUAUAUACUGUACUGUCUGAAGUGUUUAUGAAAUGAUAGUUGUGAUUUGUCUCAUAGUGUUGUUGAAAUGUUUUAUAGGAUGAUCUGUACAAUUAUUCUUAUAAUAUCCAGUUUUAUAAUGAAGGAAAUUAUUUACAUUCAUGGUUGAGGAAUGAGAGAGUUCCCCAUUCCCCAGAGGCGCUUGAUCUGUUAUCGACUCCAUGUGGUCAAGCAAGACAGAGCAGAGGUUGUGUCGAGGCUUAUAUAACAUCGAGACUGUCUGAAGAACUAAAUGGGUAUACAGUACAAUAUAGUUACUGUGUAUUCAUACCCACAUGCAAUGGUGUUCGUGCAUUGUCGUCAUGUACUCAGGUCGGGCACUGUACCAAUGUAUGAUGUAAUAAUUGAAUGUUUAAUGACAACUACAGAUUUAUGUAUGGGUUGUAUACAGUAUUGUAUUUAUAUGUAUUAAUCAUUCAUUCAUGUAGAGCCUAUUUAUAGUUCCAGGACAAGGUUGUGGCUCCUAUUAAAUUAGUUACUGAAGGUUCUUAAGAUAUAUACGUAUAUAUUGUCAUCAUUAUUCAUUUAAUUUCAUUCAUUCUUUUAGGUUUUCUGUGUCAAUAUGGAUGUUUAAUGUUACUUGAUAUUGGGUGUAAUUUAUGUGACAUGAAAAUUAAAAUAUUGUGUGCCAUAA